UUUGUUUUAUGGCUCUGAGCUGCUGAUAUGUUGACGCCCAGUGAUCCCUUUUGUUUGCUCGGGUCUGCGGUCGCCUCAGUCUGUGUCUGGGAAGGGUCCCGCUCAGUUCCUGUAAGAGAUGUCUAGGUACCACAAGGCAGCGAUCGAUGGCUACUUGGACCUCUUGAAGGAGGCCACGAGGAGGGACCUGAACACUGCGGACGAAGAUGGCAUGACUCCCACCUUGCUGGCUGCUUUCCACGGACAUGUCGAUGCUCUUCAGCUCAUAUGCAGCAGAGAAGGAGACCCCAACAGGAGCGACAUCUGGGGGAACACACCGCUGCACCACGCUGCAGCCAAUGGCCACAUGCACAUCCUCAGCUUUCUGGUCAACUUUGGUGCCAACCUUUUUGCACUAGACAAUGAAUUGCACACAGCCAUGGACGUUGCGGCUUCUCGUGACCACAUGGACUGUGUGCGAUUCCUAGACGUCGCAGCCUCACAGCAGACCAAUCAAAACCCCAAGAAGGUUGCCACUCUAAAGAAGGAAGCUGUCAAGGAAGCGGAGAAACGAAUGAAACUCUGUGAGAAGGUGAAGAAGAAACACCAGAGCAAGAUGGAGAAGAUGCAGCGAGGAGCAGGCAACACCGGGUCUGUGUCAGAGGAAAGCAUGGCAUCGUCUCACUCAAGCGGUGGCACCAUGUCGGGCCCCAGUGAGCAGUUCUCCGAGCUUAUCAAGGUUAAAUCUGGCUCUAUUUCAGCCAGGGUCAGGGGCACCCUCCAGAAGAAGCUUGGGAAGAAAGAGAAAGGCACAGUGCAGAGCUCAGGAGGAGAUGGGAACGUUAUAUUCCUCAAGCAGGAGAAUGGAGCAUCUGAGAACCCUGAGUUUCUGGGUGUCUUCAACGAGCAGGAUGAAAACGUAUCAGAUGAAGAAGGACUGGGAGGAUUUGAAGAUGAUUACAGUGAAGAAUCAGGCCAAGUCAAACAGUCCAUCUUCAACAGGCCCGGGCUCGGAGGUUUGAUUUUCAUGAAGAAGAUGGGGCUGGACUCGGGUGACGUGCCCAGUGGGAACAAUGAAAACCUUGGCUUCCUCAUUCAGAGCAAGCUGUACGAGGAGGAGGAAGAUGCGGGAGGCUUUGAGGGGAUGGGUGACGCUGAUCUUCCCUGGGAGCAGGAAGAUCUGGGCCUGGACGAUGAUGAAGAUGAUGAAACCUCUCCUCUUGAUUUGUUCUUGUCUACCAUCUCCUUGACAGAGUUUGCCCCCGCAUUCAACCGAGAGCACCUGGACCUGGAGGCGCUCAUGCUUUGCUCUGAUGACGACCUGAAAGGCAUUCGCAUCCAGCUUGGACCCAGGAAGAAGAUCCUGGAAGCCGUUGCUCAUAGAAAGAAUGCACUGGAGACUCCAGGCAUCAUGAAGGACAGCUGCUUGUGAUCCAAUAAAACAUGAACAGUGAUUUAUAUUAAUGUUUGAAACUUAAAGGAGACACUAUUUUUGAUUUUCUAUAUAAGACAAAGAUGAUGCAGCAAACUGUUUCCCCCAAAAGGACUUCAAACAUUUUAAAGUAAUCAGAUUUAUAUUGUUUUUUAUAGAGGAUUGUUGAUUUAAAUGUAAGUAUUUAAAUAACACAGACUCAUAUCAUGGCAAAAUAGCUUUUUUCCUACUGUGGGCAAAUUUGAAUUCACAUAAAAUCACAAGCAAAAAAAAUAUGCCUCCCUCAAAUUGUUCACUACUUCCCCAGACCAGACUAAACGCCAAGCCAUAGUGCCAGUUUAUUUAUUACUCAACAUACUGACUUUGUGAAUGUUUUCUUUCUUUUAGAUACAUGGUGAAUGGUCUUACUUGUGAUUAUUUUCCUAAAAACAAAUGUAAAAAAUUAAAAACUUAAUAAAAUAAAAUAAUGCAUGUCUUCAAAUAAAUAUUGUG